CUUGCUGAAGAGACCACAGAUGCUGCUGAAAAGACCAGGGAGCUCCCACGGAGCCUGGAGAAAAUCGAAGAGCUCCUUGGAGUGGUGGACAGCUGGGCAGCAGAGGUUGGAUGCCUGCUUGGCAAGACUGGUCACGAGGGGCCUGUGGAACCUGAGAUGGAGGAACAUUUGCAGAGCUUGGCUGCAAGGGGAACCUCAUGCCAAGAACAAGCUGUGGCAGCAGAAGAGGUAUUGCAAUCCCUGACGCAAAAUGUUUCGAGUCAGUUGUCUCAAGAGCAUUCUCACACCACUGGGCUGCAGGCACGAAUUAAAGAAGCCAGAGACAGGAUAGAGGCUAUCAUGGGUGACAUGAACAACAUCUUGUCCAAAUCUGAGAAGAAACCUGCAGAGAAGGAGGCCUUGCUCAAUUUUGAAGAAUCCCAGAAAGAACUCGAGGCCUCCAUUUCAAAGGCCGUGCAACUUGUCAGUCAAAAAUUAGGUCCUGAAGAAUGUAUUUCAAGAUAUGAGGAAGCUUUUCAUGCUCUGGACAAUAAAGUUCUUGACAAAUUUUUGAAAGCAGCUGAACAACUGAAAAAUAUUUCAUCUGAUCAUGAAAAGCUGGUAGUGGAUGAGAAGAGUAAAGGUGUUCGUAAAAGAUGGGAGCUGAAAUCUCUUUUGAACCAUAGGAGCUCCGUUGUUUCUUCUGAGAAUGGAGAAAAUCCCAGUUCUUCACAACAAAUUGAUAACCGUUUGGUACAGGAGACCUCAAGACCUGCUGCAGAUACAGUUUUGGAACCAGAUGUGAAACGUCACAACGGAGAAAGCUGUGCAAAGAAAUUUGAGGAAGACAGUGAUUUGACCAUACGAGCUUUAUUAGAGAGCUAUAACAUGCAAAGAAGUAACCUGGAGGAACUUCUACAAAUCAGCAGAGAUAAAGUAGCAUCUGGCUUUACUGAUGAGAUAGAAGGCACUUCAUGCUUUCAGAAUAAGCUGCUUGAACUACAGGUAAUAGAGAGUGAAACCAGUUCUGGUUGGACACAACUGGAAAACAUCUCAUCUACCUUAGAAAAUCUUGUGGAUGAAGUGCAGCAGGCUGCUAUCUCUGAGAUGAGAAGCAAACUAAAAGGAGAAUGGAAAGAGCUUCAGGAUAUUAUAAGCACCAGAACAAAUUCUUUAAGGACUGCUUUGGAAAUUGUUUUGCCAAUAGAAAAUGAAUCCAUUCUUCUGUGUGAAUUGGAUCAGCGACUGAAGAAAAAGGACAUUCAGCAGUUUAAUCUGAUGAAUAGUGACCUUGCUUAUAGGGAACUAAAGGAGCUACAGAGAUCCAUAUUAAAUCAGAUUGAAGUGUGCAAACAAUUGGAACACCUAGACAGUUCAGCAAGAGAUGAGUUUAAUCCAAUAGAUCUGCAAGCUGCAAGUAAAAUUAUGGUUUACUAUCAAAACCAGCUUGAAGAAAUGAGCCAUAAAAUGCAGAUCCGUGAGACUGUCCUUAAAGAUCUGGAGGCUUUUAUGGCCUCAUUGAGGAAGGUUCAGUCUUCCAUCAGAUGUCUCACAGAUCCCCCAGGUCAACCUGAAAUACUGGGAAAAGCAUUGAGAGAGGCUGCACAAGAUGUUUCUCAUAUGGUAGAAGAGGCUAAAUGUUUGGAUGAACGCUUGGAAACAGUUGAUAUCUGUUUGGAAGAUGCUGAAUGUGGGAGAAAGAUUUGCUGUGAAAACCUUGUUCUGACUUUAUCUGAAGAGUUAAAUGCAGCUUAUGAUACCUCAAGUGAACAGAUGCUUACAGAGGAAAAGGACUUCUACAUGAUUUUUUCAACAAAAAAUGGUGAACUCCUUAAAACCAUUCAGGAUCUACGUGACAGAAUUAACAAAGUAGGCUUGAAGGAUCCAACAAUUCCAGCUAUUCAACAAAGGAUAAAGUCAUUAACAGAAUUGGAAAAGGAAUUGGAUUCUGCUGCUGUUGAAAUGAAACCUGUGCGAGAAAUUGCUAAUAAGCUCCAACAGAUGAAAGAGGAAAAAGCAGAGGAAGCAGAUGAACAGUGCAGAGCUACAGAGAGGUUAUGGGAGGAUACAAAACUCUUGCUUGCUGAAUGUCAGGAACAGUGUGCAAGGGCUCUGGAUCUCUUGAAGCAGUAUCAAAGCUGCAAGACUAGUCUGACCAGCAUCAUCCAGAAACAGGAGAUAAUUCUUUCACAGCAGACUUCUUACAUGGGGAAGGAGAAUUUGAACAGACUAAUAACAAAGAUUGAAGAGGCAAAAGAGGAAUUUAAUGAUCACUCUGAAGAUGUAGACAAAAUAAAUCAGAUCUGCAAAAACCUUCAAUUCCAGCUCAAUAAAAUGAGGAGCUUUGAGGAGCCUCCGUUCGAGAAUGAGGCUAACAUUAUUGUGGACAGAUGGCUGGAUAUCAAUGAAAAGACUGAAAACUACUGUGAUAAUUUGGGAAGAGCUCAGGCUUUAUGGGACAAACUUCUUAGUUUAUCUGGCACAAUCGAUGCUUGGGCAAAUGCAGAACUUAAGAACGCGGAAGACCAUUGUCUGACCGAAGAGGACCUUACGCAGUUGAAGGCAUGCUUGCGAGUCCAAGAGCAGAAACUCCAGAAAUUUGACAACACAGUGGCUGAGAUAGAAGAACUUCUGAAUAGUCAUGAACCUCCACUGGAACUACAGGUUAUCAGAUCAUCUGUUGUGCAAAAAAUGGAGCUAAUAAAAGAGCUCUUGUCAACGAAGCAGAGGACCAGUGAACUCAGCGUGAAUACAGCAGAACUAAAAGGAGAUCUUGAUCUGGCCAAGACACAAAUUGGAAUGACUGAAUCACUUUUAAAAGCUUUAUCUCCUUCUGACACCUUAGAAAUCUUCACUAAAUUAGAGCUGUCUUUGAAGGACUGCUUUGACUCCUCAGAAACAAAACCAAUACUAGAAGAAAGACUGCAGAAGAUAAAGCACUUCCUAACAUCUGAAGGCAAAGACAGAGAUAUCCAAGAGGUUAAAACUUUACUGAAUAAAGUGAACCAUUACCUGCCCAAAGCAAGCAUCAAUCACCUUAACAGCCGUGUGAGGGAUCAAGAAGCAGAGCUACAAAGGCUGAUCUCCAAAUGUCAGAAACGGGAAAAGGAACUUGGUGCUUCUCUCCAGCAGCUCAGCAGCCUUGAAGAAAGCAGCACGGUCUUGGAAGAAUGGCUUGCUGCUCAGGAAGAAAAACUAAAAGAGGUCGAAAAAGAUGAGACAAAACUUGAAAACUUCUAUAAAACACUGUUAAUGCAGAGCAAACCAUUUGACUCCAUGGCUCAGCUAGCAAAUUCCUUGCAGGAGGCUGGGCUGACAGAAGACAAAACUAUUUCAGAAGCCAGUGAUCUUAUUACUAGAUACCAGACACUGAUAACACAUGUAAAUGAAAUGGCAGGGAAUACUGAGAGUCUUCCAGUGGAAGGACAAAAUUUUGAAGAACUUGCCCAGGAUGUUUCUUGCUGCAUCAAAAAGCUCGAGGAGGCUGUUAAUAACCUGAGUUCACAGGAAAUUUAUUGCACACAUAAGAUGAGCUUCUCUGCUGCAUCUCUGGGUGGAGCAGCACUGAACCGCCCUCAAGAGCAACUUCAGUUCAACAGGGAGCAAUAUGAGCAAAGCAAAGAAGAUCUGAGACUGGCUCUAACUGAACUGGAGAAACAGCAACAGGAGAUAGGUUUUGCCCUUCAGCCUGGUUUGCAGGAGAAGCAAGCUCAGCUGACAAACUAUGCUGACCUCCUGCAGAAAGCAGAAGAUUUAACUUCCCGAUUUAAUGAGUUGAAAAGCCAGGAAGAUCACCUACAGGGUCACACUGGGGACCCCUGCUUCACAGAGGUGGAAUGGUCAGAAUUAAAGCACCAACAUGAAAAUCUGCUCAGCCAGCUAAAGACCAUAGUGCAGACGUUGGAAAGUCGUGUUCAAGAGCAUCAGCAGUUUCAGGAUAUGGUAGCAGGCCUGAGCACGGAGCUGAAAACUGUCUCUGAGAAGCUUGCUGAUUGCGAAGGGACAGCAACGGAACAGCCAUCAGCUGAGCAAAACAAGUUGAAAUCACAGAAACAACAAGGACCUCUUAGUCAAUGUGAAGACUCGUUAAAGAAGAUUCUGGUUUUAGCAGAAACUGUUAAACAAAACACCUCUUCACCAGGACAGAAGUUUAUUAAGGAUGAGAUUGAAACACUUCAAAGUGAACACAGGAGUCUGGAAGAAAGACUUGAAAAUGUCAAGCAAAAGGAGAAAAAUAUUUUCUGUGAAGCCCUUGAGUUAAAAGAUGAGAUUGGUAAUGAAAUACAAAUGGAAGAUAAGGCAGGUACAAUGCUGAAGAGAGAGAUACAGAUCACUUGUGAUACUCCUGUCGCUGCAGAAGAGAGCCCCACAGCAGUGGAGUUAAAGGAGCCUUUGGAAAUGCAUGAUGGUCAAUAUGUAAAUGGAAACAUGUCCGAGAAAAAGAAGCAAAACGAUCCACUUCUGGAGGAAAGCAGCAUCUUGUCAGACAGCCCAUUACAGGAUUUCCAUCAAAGCAAGGAUAGAUCGGGGCGGACUGUUCAGGGGGAGCCUGAUAAAGAGAGCCCAGGUAUGGACAAACAUGACAGGGUCCAAGAGGGCUUUCUGGACAGUGUGGUUCAGUGUGGUGAAGCAGAACUGGAAAGGCUUCAGGAUGGUGUUGGUAUUGAAGGUGAUGAAACAAGAAAAGAAGCCUGUCCGGCGGAGGAGAAACCUAGUGCUGUCAAGAAUCAGUCAUAUACAGAGGAUGUGGAGCAGGUUCAACAAAGGGUGUGCCAGAAGGGUCAAGUCCUGAAGUCUGCAGCAGCUGAGAAAGAUGGUCUGGAAUCAAUUCCCCCAGUUUCUGCACAUGAG